UUGACUGUCGCGUGACAAUUCGCUGGCGCUGAAAGUUUCGUUCGUUUGGUCGCAUGACACCCAUCAAUCUCAUGAGUCUCAGGUCAAGAAUGCGAAAUAAAUUUCUUACGUAGUUGUUUUGUUUUUAUUGCGCGUGCAUAGUUUAUGAUAAAAUUAAGGGAAAUAAUCAAUGUUGAAACGAAAAGAUGGUUUCUUUUUACUUUUACACUAAAAAUGCUCUUGAGAAUCUUGGAAGAAGCAGACCCUCGAAGCUCUCAGCUCCUUGCAUCAUCCAUCUGCUCUGAUUCCAGUUAAAGCUUGUUUCUAUUUAUUGUUUCAACACACCAUUAAUGGAGCAGCAAUUCUCUUUGCUUCCCCGUACGAUAAAUGGAAGUAUAGCUGGUAUAGUGGGUGUGACCUGUGUGUUCCCUAUUGACUUAGUUAAGACAAGGUUACAGAAUCAACAGCCUGGACCUCAGGGACAGCUGCUGUAUAAAAGUUUACCAGACUGUGCAAUAAAAACAUUUAGGAAUGAAGGUUUUUUUGGCAUGUACAGGGGCUCUGGUGUCAAUCUGUUAUUGAUAACUCCGGAAAAAGUGAUCAAGCUGGUUGGAAAUGACUUUUUUAGGCACCAUUUGAAAACUGCUAAUGGAAAACUACCUCUUGGAAGGGAGGUAUUAGCUGGAGCAAGUGCUGGGUUGUGCCAAAUUAUUAUAACAACACCCAUGGAGCUUCUCAAAAUCCAGAUGCAAGAUGCUGGUAGAAGUGCCAGUAUAGACUUGAUGGCAGAUGGCAAGAGUGCUGCCGCCACAGUUGCAAAAUCUCAGCGCCUCUCUGCUACAAAACUUGCUCUAGACUUACUGAGGACCAGAGGAAUUCUGGGACUGUAUCAAGGUUGUGGGGCUACUGCUCUAAGGGACGUAACCUUCUCUGCUGUCUAUUUCCCUUUGUUUGCCAAUCUCAACAGACUAGGUAAACGAAGAGAAGGUAGUGAACAGGCUGUAUUUUACCACUCAUUCAUCUCUGGUUGUGCGGCAGGCUGCUUUUCAUCAUUCCUCGUCACACCAUUUGAUGUUGUGAAGACCAGACUACAAACUUUGAGUAAAGGCAAAGGUGAAGUUUACUAUUCUGGAAUCAUUGAUUGUUUCAGAAAAGUGAUGGUAAACGAGGGACCAAAGGCAUUUUUCAAAGGAGCUUUCUGUCGGAUGCUGGUCAUUGCCCCAUUGUUUGGUAUAGCACAGACUGUUUAUUACCUUGGUGUUGCAGAAUUCUUACUAGGGAUUCGAAAGCCAUAAACCUUAGGCAUGAAAUUAUGGGUUUUUAUUGUAGUCAAACUUGGGUUGAUGAAAUAUUGUACAUUGGAUUAUCAAAUGUGAUAUUGUUGAUUAUUUUUUUUUAAAUAACAAUUAUAAUCGUAAAUAUAUUUUUAGGUAAGAAUGAAACAAAAUGGCCAUAUUAAUUGAUGUUUUAAUCAAUGGUAUACACUGCAGAAGAUCUUUUAAAGUUGAAGUUUUAAGUACUUGCUAGAUUUAGCAUUUCUUAAGUAUCCGAUCAUUAUGAUAAUGAUGUAUCUAGAUUUUUAUUAAAAACAUCACUAAUACAAAUUAUAUACCUUUUUAUUUUAAAAAAAAACAACCUUUAUUCUUAAUAAUAUAUUGCUUAUUGCAUUUUAUUUUAUUUGAACUGCUCACCGCAUAUUCUUCCAUUUCUUGCUGAUCAUUAACUUUUUAAAAUUAUCUGUUACCUCCCCUAGUUUUAAAUCAGUAUUAAUGGCAAGCAUAAUAUUAAUAGCAGUGAUGCAUUUGUAAGGUUGCAUUAUUGUAGUCUCACAAUAAUAGUCCCCCAAUUUAGCUUUAUAAAAAUCUUUUCCCAAAACUUUGUCCUAAAAUAAUGUUGUCUUAAAAUAUUGUUGUUCGAAGACUUUAUUGUCCUUAAAUAAUCCAGUCUAAAAAAUAUUGUAGUAAAUUUUAUAUUGGCAAUAAAACAUUUUUUUACAAAAACUGCAACUUUUAAACUGGAAUACAAUUAUUAAAAAUGUUUUUACAUCCAGGUAUUUGUUGUAAUCAUAAUUUUAAAAAUUAAUUUUCAAAAAUUAUAUUUUUUUAUUUCAACUCCCAUUCCCCUUUUUUAUUAGUUGUAUUAGAAUCAAGAGAUUACAGUCCCACAUAAAACUUGAACCUAUGUAUGUUAAAAGUGUGUGGAUAAAUUAAGUAUAUAAUCAUGUAACAGACCAGACAUUUAGUAAAUCAGUUAAAUUUGUUAUUAAACAUUAGUAAUAUAGUCAAAUUAGAAAUAUAAUUACCUAAUGGGAUAGUUAGUUUCUAGUGAUUUAGGGCUUUGAGAUUAAAUUAAAUAAUGACACGAAAGUUUAAGUUAUUAAUUAUUUCAUAUUUUUACCAUUUUUAUACUUAAACGGUAUCUUUUAACUUUAUAAUGCUUUUUUACAUUGCUAUCUACAAUCCGUUCUCACAGUAUGUUACAAAGAUACUAAAUAGAUAUGUUGAAAUUUUGUUGAAAAAUGUUAAAUUACAUUGAAUUAGUGGAUCUAUACAUCUUCAAUUGUUUUAGCCCCUUUUAUUCAUUUAAAUACACCAGAAUUAACAAUUCUAUUGUAAUUAUACUUUUUAGCUUUAAUUAUUUUAACAAAUGUGAUAUUGUGUUUUAGUUGUAUUUUAUUUUGUUUCCUAAUUCUUCCCGCCUAUAGGAUAUAUUUUUAAAUUUGUUUAGAUUAUGAAAUUAUCACUAAAGCACAAUGGCAAUAGCUGAUCAAAAUUUUUGAGUCAUCCUAAUUUACUUGUUGCAGUUAAUUAACAUUGUUUGGUUUUGGGGGGGUUUUUUUUGGUUUUUUUUUUUGUGAAAAGUUUUACAUUCAUGCAACUUGUAUUGAGUGAUCAGCCUCAGAGUUUUAAAUUAACUAUAAUCUACUUACAAAUAGUUUUAUUUAAAUCUUUUGAUAAAAUAAUAUUAAUAAACAAAUAAUGGGUUGUUGCAUUUUUUUUAAAGAUAUGGAAGGUAUUAUUUUAGUAAAACGGUAGGAAGAAAAAUUUUAAUACAGUCCCAGUUACACUUACUUCCUUACAAAUUGUUAUUUGUAAACUGCAUAUGUAGACUUGUCAGUUUAGAGUCAAAAUCAAUAACACAUAAGUUAUGAGCUACUGAUUUUCGCUAAAAAGUUAAAACAAUCAUGCCUGAUGUGGUUUUUUUGCAUAUGUCAUGUAGAGUUGUUUCCUUUGUUUGCUGCUGUAGCAUUGAUUUAUGAUGAGUAGACUUAAUUCCUAAUUUCCAUUAACAUUAAUAGUGUACAUUUAAUAGAAUAUAUACUGCAUUGGGAUAAUCUAUAAUGCCUGAAAAAUUCAAAUUUACCUUAAACUUCACAUUUGUAUUGGAAUUUUUAAACUGAUUCACUACACAAAAAAUAUUGUUCUUUUCAGAUUAUUUCUCUGUUAUACUGGUUGACAGAAGCAUUAAGUUAUAACCAAUUUGAUUUCUUUUCUCUUAUUCUACUAGAUCUGAAUUAUAGGUGACUACUGUGUAGUGUUUGCAUUUAGUGACUGUCUGGUAGUUUUGUUUUAGAUCAUUGUUUUUUUUCCUUUGGUUUUGUUUUUUAAAACUAGAAUGUUUAGCUGAAACCUUUGACAAAAAAGAUUCUUUGACUACUAAACAUUGAAUGAAUUGAUUGUCUGUGAUAAAUUGUGGAUGAAACAAAAUUGGUGAUAAAAUUUUAAAAAGCUUUUAUCUGUUGUACAAUUUUAGUUUGUAACAUUGCAGGAAAUGUAUAAUUAUAUCACAACCUACAACAGGUCAAAUUUCGAUCAAACCUUCCUACAUUCUGGAAAUUUUUAAAUACAAUCUGCAAUCUAUGUGGAAAUCACAAAUUUCGGAUAAUAUAGAAUUUGUCAAAUGUAAAAUGUGAUGUGUUAAAAAAAAAAAGAUAAAUCUUAAGUUUUUUCAGCUUUCCCGGUUAAUUUGGUGCCUAGAAGAAAAGAUUGUUGAUGAUAAUAUAUUGAUGCAAUCUUUUUGUUUUUAUUUUUAAAAUUUCUUAUGUUUUUGUUAUAAGGUAAGCCCUCUUUCUGUAUUGAUAUGAUUUUUAUCUGCUGGAAAACUAAAAAAUUUGAGCAACAAAUUGGACCACCACAAUUCUUUGUAGAUCUACAGCAAAAUAACUGUUACAAAACUUAAUAAUUUGUUUCUAUGGUUUUUAUAUAGGCUUUAAAAAUUACCUAGUAUUCUACAAGAUUCAUGUUAAUUUGCUUCAAGUUAAUCACUGGAUCAUGUUGGGAUACACAGAUUCAUAGUUUUUUUUGUCACUUCUUAUUUAUAACAAAUUACUUUUCCAAAGAGUAUUACAACCCAAUUUAGAAAUUUCAUUUUUAAGUUUUAGUAAUUAUAAUAUAUAAACACAACUGUAAUGAAAUCUUUAUGAAUAAAUUAGUAAGACCACUGUU